GAAAAAAACUGCUACAAGUUUUUCAAUCAGAGCAAAAGAGAGAGUGUUUCGUUUUUUCUCAUGAAUAAAACGAAAAUCUUUCUUUUUUUCCUGAUCACUUUUCACUUUUCAUGGUUGAGCAGUGAGAGAAAAUUAAACGAAGAAAAAAUGUUCAACAUUUUUUGCCUUGGCUUGCAAAGUGUUAAUCAUUCAAUUAUGACGAUGAUGAUGAUGAUGAUUGCAACAAGAAAACAGCUACAACAACAACAACAAGUCAAACAGCAACAUGAUGGAACAUUCUGGCCAACAACAACAACCACCAUCGUCAUCAUCGACAACAUUACAACAACAACAACAAACAAAACCACGUAAACAUUCAACAAUAUCAUUAUUAUCAAUAACCGGUUCAUCACCAAUAUCAUCAAUGAUGUUACAUAUUGAUCCACGUUUAAUACCAAAAAAUUUAUUUAAAUUUCAUAAGGCUGGAACUGAUGAUGAAAAAAUGGCAAUGUUUGAACGAUUUAAAUUAGAAGGAAUUGAUCCGAAAAAAUUAAAUGAUUCAAAACGAUUACCAUAUGUAUGGCGUUGGUUAGUUGAUGCUGAAAUAAAUUGUCAAUCAUUACGACAUCAAUUGGAAAAGAUGCGUAUCCAACAUGAACAAGAAUUACAGGAAGUUGAAAAUUAUGUUAGUCAUGUUUGGAAAUUAUCAAUGGAACGUUUGGAAAGUUUACAGGAAGAAAAUCGAUUCUUACAUUCGAAAUUAUUACAGCAGCAACAACAACAACAACAAAUUGAAUGUAAUGUACAAUCGAAUCAAAGUAAUGGUGAUAUCGUUGUUGUUGAUGGUGGUAAUCGUGUACAACAAUCAUUAAAUGAUUUGGAUAAUAAUGAUGAAGAAGAAGAAGAUUAUGAUAAUGAUGAUGAUUCAAAUGAUUUUUUUCUGAAAUGUCGUCGUCGUCCUCGUCCUCGUCAUGUCAAAUCGUCAAAACUAGUCAAUAAUAAACAGAAACUUCAAUGUCAAUCAUCGACAAUGAUUGAAAAAAAUAAUCAUCAAAUGCUGAUGUCCGCUCAUUCAAUAUCAUCAAUUUUUGACAAUUGCCAUAAUUCAAAUGUGAUCAUUAAUAAUGUUCAUAAUAAUGUUCAUAAUAAUGUUCAUAAUGUUCGACGUUCAAGCAGUUGUAUCGAUUUGUUGAACAUUGAAAGCCAAAAUAUUGAUUCGAACGAUCGACAACAAACUGAUAAUGAUUGUAUUCGAUGCCAAAAAUUUGAAUCUGAAUUGAUUGUAUGUGAAAAUCGAAUCAAUGAUCUACAAAAACGUUUAUACGAAUUAGAGGAUAAUAAUUCUUCAUUGAAAAAAUUGAAUCGUUGUAUUGAAAUUGAAAAUGAAAAUUUUGCCUUUAAACUUGCUGAAUCAGAAUCUCAAAGUAAUCAAUUAGAACAACGAAUAUUAUUGUUGGAACAAGAGCUUAAAUUGAAUAAUCAAAAAAAAUCUCGUCCAAAUUCAUCAUCAUCAUUAUCUUCUUCGGAUCCAAAUCUAGUCAUACAAAUAAAUGAACAAAAAAGAUUAAUCAAUGAAUUGAAUGAAAAAACUAAACGUCUGGAAGAAUCAUUAGAUUCUAAACGUUUAGAAUUGGAAGAAAUGGAACAUAAAUUAUCAAGAUUACAACAACAACAACCAGCAAAAGAAUCGAGUUUAAAUUUUUCAUCAUCAUCAUGGUUAUUUCGAAAAAAUGAUCCAAAUAAUAAUCAUCAUUCUAAUCAUCAACAACAAACAACAAAUACCAAAGAUAAUAUGGCUUUACAUAGACAUACAUCCGAUUAUUAUGGAUCAAGUGAUGGUUUUGAAGAGAUAAAAUUGUGAUUUCAUUUCAUUCCGAUUUGAUUUACCUACCUAUUUUCCUACCUCUUUCAUUCCAAUUUUUCUUUGAAAUAUUUUUUUCAAUUUUUCUAUUUUAUUCAAAAUGUUUUCUUUGUUUUGUUUUGUUGAAAUUAAUCUUAUUGAAUAAACAAAAAAAAAUCGAUUAUCAAUCGAUACAAUCGA